AUGUCUCGGGAGGGUCGAAUGGACUUCAUCCUACACAGUCCUUGGUGGCAACGCGCAUGGAUUUUGCAAGAAUUCGUUCUUGCACAUCGAGUUCAGUUCUUAUUCGGAGAAAUUCGCAUGAAUUACCAUGAGCUACGGAAUGUUGCUUAUUGGCUCAUUCUGAUGGCGAGAUAUCCGCUUCCACCGGAGGAUGUCGAUUGGAUUUGCAGGUGGGGCUGGAUCAAAGACUUUUUGGACUUGAGAAAGACGGUUACACGUUUGGAUCGAUCGAAAAAUAACGGCAAAACCAAGCUAAACCUAUUGGAUCUGCUCAUCAGGUCGAAAGAUAGUCUUUGUCUUGACCCACGAGAUAGGAUUUACAGCUUACUCGGCAUCUGCUCCGAUCUUAUGCCAGGAGACAUCGUGCCCGACUACAACCGGGAUGUCCGGGGCGUGUACAUUGACGCUGUACGGGCACACCUUUUCAGGAACGGGACCCUGGACAUUCUAACUGGCAGAGACCCCGCUAACGAUAAACACUUCCCACUUGUACACGAGGAUUCGAGGUCGUGGCCAGGAUGGCUGCCGCGAUUUGGUUGCAGCUUUGCCUUCACAUUCAGAAUACCGUGGUACAAUCACGAUUGGCAGUACAACGCCUCUCGCAACUUUUCAUUUCAAAGCUAUCCCUGGUCGAUCAACUCAAUGACAGGGGGCUUGAAUCUAUCUGGGGCCGUGGUCGAUGUCAUAAGCUAUGUUGUCGCCACGGCGCCAGAUAUGCCGGAGGGCCACACAGAACAAGGGAGAAGGCUUCAAGUAUUGCAGAAGUACGCGCAGCUAGUUGACGAGCUUCCUCCCGUCUACGAGCUCACACACGAAAGCACAAGAACGGCUUUGCUAAGGACCAUAUUUGCGACUAGCCUGCGGGGUGAGAACAGCUCGGUAGACGACAUCUUCGAUAGAGCCACCAAUGCGAACAUCACUGGUGCUGUAGGUCAGGACCUAAUCGCCAACACGAGUGGUUCCACGAUCUCCCGAAGGAUUGCAAUCACCUCAAGCGGCAUGAUAACUCUCGUCCCCGUUAUGGCCGAACCUGGCGAUUCUGUAGCAUUCUUGGUUGGGGGCUCCGUAUUCUACGUCCUGCGACCCUUGGCAGAUGCCCAAGAUACGGAUGACGGUUCUUUAUCGACAAAACCGUGCAGAUUCAUAGGAGAAGCGUAUGUGCACGGGUUAAUGGAUGGAGAAGUUGCUGAUCGCGGCUUGGAUCUCGGGCCCAUUAUUCUCCUCUAG